AACAUUGCAAAUUUCCAUCAUCUAUUUGUCUUUCACAUUACAUCAUUAUUGCACUUCUUAUGGUCGUUUUUACGAUUAUUUCCUUUGUUUCUCUUUAGUUUUCUCAUUUUCCAGAUUUCCUCAGCAACAUCCAUAGCUACAAUUCUUUGAGAAAAAAUUGAAAAAAAAUGGCAUCAAACAGAAAUGGAAAUGGAAGUAUUGCAACAGAGAACGGGAGCAAUGGGCUUCCAAAAAUUACGACAAAGAAAAGUGUGAACGGGAUUUGUCACGAUGAUAGUGGUCCCACCGUAAAUGCAAAAACAAUUGAUGAACUUCAUUCACUGCAGAAGAAGAAAUCAGCACCCUCUACACCUAAUACAGGAACUUCAACUCCAUUUGCUCAGAUUUCUGAUCAAGAACGCCAGAAAUUGCAACUCCAAUCAAUUAGUGCAUCACUUGCAUCAUUGACAAGAGAAACUGGACCAAAGGUGGUGAAGGGAGAUCCAGCCAAGAACCAGAAGGUUGACCAUGUUCACCACCAUCAUGUUCCUACUCCAACCAUUGCUGUUAGUGACAGUGCUUUGAAAUUUACACAUGUUCUCUACAAUCUCUCCCCAGCUGAACUAUAUGAGCAGGCGAUAAAGUAUGAGAAAGGAUCAUUCAUCACUUCCAAUGGAGCAAUGGCAACACUUUCUGGUGCCAAGACAGGUCGUUCUCCUAGAGACAAGCGUGUGGUUAAGGAUAAGGUUACUGAAAAUGAACUUUGGUGGGGAAAGGGUUCUCCUAACAUUGAGAUGGAUGAGGAGACUUUCAUGGUGAAUAGAGAAAGGGCAGUUGAUUACUUGAACUCUUUGGACAAGGUGUUUGUGAACGACCAAUUCUUGAAUUGGGAUCCAGAGAACAGAAUCAAAGUCAGAAUUGUAUCAGCCAGAGCAUACCAUUCAUUGUUCAUGCACAACAUGUGUAUCCGACCCAGUCCUGAAGAGCUGGAGAAUUUUGGUACUCCGGACUUCACUAUAUACAAUGCCGGAAAGUUUCCAUGUAACCGUUUCACUCACUACAUGACAUCUUCCACUAGCAUUGAUCUUAAUCUUGCUAGAAGGGAAAUGGUUAUCCUCGGCACACAAUACGCCGGGGAAAUGAAGAAAGGUCUUUUCAGUGUCAUGCAUUAUCUCAUGCCUAAGCGCCAAAUUCUCUCCUUACACUCUGGUUCUAAUAUGGGCAAAGGUGGCGAUGUUGCUCUCUUCUUUGGACUCUCAGGUACUGGAAAGACAACUCUUUCUACUGAUCAUAAUAGAUAUUUGAUUGGAGAUGAUGAACAUUGUUGGAGUGAGAAUGGUGUCUCCAACAUUGAAGGUGGUUGUUAUGCUAAAUGCAUCGAUCUCUCCCGGGAGAAAGAGCCUGAUAUCUGGAAUGCAAUUAGGUUUGGUACAGUGUUGGAAAACGUGGUGUUUGAUGAGCAUACUAGAGAAGUUGAUUAUUCUGACAAAUCAGUUACAGAAAAUACUCGUGCAGCCUAUCCUAUAGAGUACAUACCAAAUGCAAAGUUACCAUGUGUUGGACCUCAUCCAAAGAAUGUUAUUCUUUUGGCAUGUGAUGCAUUUGGUGUGCUACCACCUGUGAGUAAGCUAACCCUGGCGCAGACCAUGUACCAUUUCAUCAGUGGAUAUACUGCUCUGGUGGCUGGUACUGAGGAUGGUAUAAAGGAGCCACAAGCAACAUUUUCUGCUUGUUUCGGUGCAGCAUUCAUAAUGUUACACCCUACAAAGUAUGCUGCAAUGCUUGCUGAAAAGAUGGAGAGUCAUGGUGCAACAGGGUGGCUUGUUAACACUGGUUGGUCCGGUGGCAGCUAUGGUACCGGGAAUCGUAUCAAACUAAGUUAUACUAGAAAAAUAAUUGAUGCUAUUCACAAUGGAAGCCUCCUGGGGGCAGAAUACAAGAAGAGUGAGAUUUUUGGCCUUCAGACCCCAACUGAAGUGGAGGGUGUCCCUUCAGAAAUUCUGGAUCCUAUAAAUGCGUGGUCAGACAAAAACGCCUACAAUGCGACAUUGUUGAAGCUGGGUGGAUUGUUCAAGAAGAAUUUUGAAACCUUCACCAACUACAAAAUUGGAAAGGGUGAUGACAACCUCACAGAAGAGAUUCUUGCAGCUGGUCCAAUCUUUUGAAGUGAAGCAAUGUUGUGUUGUGUGUGGGACUAGGAUUGUUAGGGGGGUAGAAUAAAUGUGGCCUUAUUUAUAAUAAUAUAUUGGUUGGUUGGGACGGGUUCAUAUUUCUAGUCUUCACAUUUGUGCUUGUCUUCGCUUUUGAAGUUGUUUUCCUAUGAGUGUUAUUCAUAUGUCAUAUGUACUAGUCUUUACAUUUUCAUGUCCUCAUUCUAGUAUAUAAAUAAAUUAUAUCACUAUAUCCUUCAUUUUUCUUUAA